AUGGAAUACGAUGUGGACGGUGGACGGGAUUACGACAUUUUUGACAUAAAUGAAGAGGCAGAGUUGAAUCUUUUUGAGGGAGACAUUGAGCUUGAUGAGAGACAAUCUCGAAAUUCCAUCAUAGGUGAUGAAUACAGAUGGCCAAAGACGGUUCCGUAUUACAUGGAAGAUGAUUUGGAAAUCAAUGCGAAAGGCGUCAUUCUGAAAGCGUUUGAGCAGUACCGGCUCAAAACCUGCAUUGACUUCAAACCAUGGGAUGGUGAACCAAACUACAUUUCUGUCUUUAAAGGGAACGGCUGCUACUCCAAGGUGGGCAACCGGCGACUUGGGAAGCAGACUUUGUCAAUUGGCGCCAACUGUGAACGCAUAGCUACCAUUGAACAUGAGUUCCUUCAUGCUCUGGGGUUCUGGCAUGAACAGUCCCGGGCAGACCGUGAUGAUUAUGUCAAGAUAAUGUGGGAAAACAUCCAAGAAGGUAAAGAACACAACUUUAAUAGUUACAAUGACACCACCUCCAGCUCUUUGGGCGUGCCCUAUGACUACGGUUCCAUGAUGCACUAUAGUAAAACUGCCUUCAGUAAUGGCAGUGAGCACACCAUCGUCACCAAGAUUCCCGCUUUCAGUGAUGUCAUUGGCCAGCGUAUGGAAUUUAGCGACAGUGACCUGCUCAAGCUCAGCCGCCUCUACAACUGCAGUAAGGCACUUACUUUCUUGGAUUCAUGCGACUUUGAACGUGAGAACAUCUGCGGUAUGAUCCAAGGAUCAGAUGAUAAGGCUGAAUGGCUCAGGGUGACUAAAGCUGCUGGCGGCCCAGAUACUGAUUAUUCCAACAUGGGAAAAUGUUCAGGUUCGGGGUAUUUCAUGCACUUCAACACUGGCAUUGGCCAGCUUGGAGAUACAGCUGUGCUUGAGAGCAGGUUGCUUUACCCCAAACGAGAUUACCAGUGCCUGCAGUUCUUCCUCUACAACUGUGGGGAGCCCGGUGACAUGCUGAAUGUCUUGGUCAGAGAGUACUCCACUGCUAACCCCAAUGGAAAGCUGCGCUUUAUAAAGACCAUAGAUGGAAAGCCUGAGGAGCUGUGGCAGCUACACCAUGUGACCUUAAAUGUCAAAACGAAAUUCCGAGUUGUGUUUGAAGGGAAGAAGGGGGCCUCUGGGCCCACAUUGGGAGGGCUAUCCCUAGAUGACAUCAAUCUGUCUGAGACCACCUGUCCAGAGUUUACAUGGCGAGUAAAAAACUUCAGUUAUGUCAUGGACACCACCCCAUCCGACACGGUUAUCUACAGCCCCCCUUUCACCUCUUCAGAGGGUUACACCUUCCAGAUGGGACUGUACCCCAGUGGCCAAAAAGGAAACACUGAUCAGUUAGGUGUCUAUGUUCAUCUGGUCGCUCGUGAAAAUGAUACUGGGCAGAAAUGGCCGUGCCCGUGGAAGCAGAUUACCAUAAUGCUGAUGGACCAACACCCACACAUUCAAAAGCGAAUGUCCAACCAGCGCAGUUUCACCACAGACCCCAACUUGAAGUUAACAGGUUCGGAUUACUUUCACUGGGGUGACCCUCGUAUCAUUGGCAUAGAGGUCACAGAGACAGAUGGGACAAAGUAUUUUCGAGGGCCAAGCACUGGAACAUCAGUGUACCUCACACAACUCAGAGCCAGGAGCAGAGACUUUAUCAAAGGAGGGGAUGCCAUCUUUCUCCUCACCAUGGAAGAUGUGGCUUAUCUGAUUCAAUCUCAACCUCUACCACCUACCACGUCAGUCACCACCACCGCUGCCACUCCAGCCACAGCCUUACCAAUCACCUGUGCCAAUAUAGAAUGUCUGAAUAAUGGAGUGUGUGUGAUGUUUGAAGAAAAGCCUGUUUGCAGGUGUGUGGUGGGUGACGAGUGGUGGUAUUAUGGGAGCAGAUGUCAGUACCAGGGCUCCUCCAAUGAUCAACUGACCAUCAUUCUGAGCUCCACGCUCUCUGUAGUAGCGGCCAUGGUGAUAGUAACGGUAGUCAGCGUUAUGUGUGUGAAGAAAAAGUACAAGAAGCAAACACAAGACACUGGCAACGUCAUGACAAAUGUGUCUGCCACUCGGACACUGUAUUGACGGAGCUGGAACGUCUACACAACUGGGUGAACAAAUAAAUAACGAGUGAAGCAGACCUGUAAGAUAUUAUCUGGUACAUCAUAAUUUUUUACUUCAGUGUUCAGGUGAUACUGGAACAGUCUAUUGUAUUAAAACAGAAUUGCCCUAUUAGCAAUAUGUUUGUUACAGUGUUUUUGGUAAAAGCACUACAAAAUUCGGAAACUGUUAAUACAUUUUUUAAAAUCCCAAUAAACUUUUAUAAUCAUAUGUUCCAGUAUCUUUGUUUUUGUUAAGAAACAAGUCACAGAUUAUAUUUAUAUUCACAAAUUUAAAAUUUAUUAUACCAAAGACGGGAACAUUUGUGUUUCCAUGUGGAUAUAUUUGCAUUACUGAACUUGACACAGUCAUGCCGGCGGUAACAGUUACUGUAGGAGGGAGGGGCAGGGGGAGUACUAUCAUCAACUCCAUGUAUCUGUGUGUGUGUGUGUGUGUGUGUGUGUCCGUGCAUGCAGGUGUGCAUGCAAAAGUCUCGUCUAUACGUGUGCAUUGGAUACGCUGAUUGCUACAGAACAUCACAAACAAAGUGGAGCACACCAUAGCAAUUUUAGUUAUACUGAAUGGAAUGUUGGGGGUUUCAGAUCUUCAAUUGCACAUAUACAUAUGUGUGUGUGUGUGUGUGUGUGUAUAUUUGGUACUUGUGGGUCUACACUGGAUGGGGGGGGUUAUACCUCCAUUGCAGCAAUCUGUGGGUGAACCACACAUCCUCCCUACUACCAAAACCCUCACCGACAUACAGGAACGCAUUCUUUAAAAGCAUCAGUAUACAACAUUUCUCUUAUUUACAGUCAUUGGAAACAAACAAACAAACAAAAAAAUCACCAUUUCUCUCAGAGAAGAUUAGUAAAAGUGACUGUGUCACCAUAAAGACUAUACAACUCCUAGGAGUUAGUAAUUCAAAUUUCUA